AUGGAGUCAGCCAACGAAAGCAGAGAUCCAAUAGAGCCUGUUGAAAAGUGCAAACCGGAAUUUAGAACGAUGUGGAAUAUUGUUGAGUGGUUAAAUAUACCCGCAACACUGCAAUCACCGUGUAAUUGUUGCCGUGAAAAUAAGAACACCCCACACAGAUAUAAAUUGAUGAGCAGUGAUACGAAACAGCGAGAUCAAAUUCGUGUUGUUCGUGAUUUCGAAUGGAGUGCUAAGUUGGUCGGUGACUGUGAUAAAUCACUGGAAUAUCUUCAACCGUUGGUGCAACUGAAUUUGAAUUUUAUGAAUGACAAUUCCAUAAAACAAUUCGAAUUCACACCCGAAGAGGUCAAUUUCGUUGUUAAUUUUCCUUUCGGAGAAAAAAUUGAAAGCCGAGAAAAAAUGAGUUAUCUCGUUUCAUCACUGAACUGUCUGAAACCAUAUCGUCAGAGUCACAAAGCGCAUCAUGAGCGGAUUGAUUUACCCGAAACUUCCUUCUGGGUAUGUCUUUAUAUAGCAAAGUCGGCAGUUGUGAUAUUGGUGUCGGGAAGUGCUUUAUAUACGACCAUCGAGCUUUUGGUCGGAGGCGAAAAAUUCUAUAGAAAUCAGUUAGCAAAAUACAAUCUUUUGCCGAAACUCGGUUACAAUCGUAUUGAAUAUCCCGAAUUGGAAUGUAGCGUUUUCGAUAAGAAAUUCAAAAAUCCAAUCGGAUUGGCCGCUGGUUUUGAUAAGGAUGGCGAAGCAAUAGAUGGUUUACGUAAAAGUGGUUUUGGUUUUAUUGAAAUUGGUACGGUGACACCAUUGCCUCAAGAGGGGAAUCCAAAACCGCGUCUGUUUAGACUCACUGAAGAUGAGGGAUUAAUAAAUCGUUUCGGAUUUAAUAGCGCUGGUGUAGGUACGGUUUACAAUCGAGUCAGGAAGGCGUUCAUUCCGAAUUCGGAUGUACCUCUCGGCGUGAACAUCGGCAAAAAUAAGAAAACGGACGAUGUACGUAGUGACUACGAUAUCGGUGUGAAUUAUUUUGGUGCAUGUAGCGAUUAUUUGGUUAUCAAUGUCAGCUCACCGAAUACACCUGGCUUGCGCUCACUGCAACACAAAUCUGAUUUACAGACGCUGAUGACUUCUAUAGCAUCGGAAGCAAAUCGUAUCACUCCUAAGAAGCCAACAAUUCUUUUGAAAAUAUCGCCGGAUCUUAGUGAAUCCGAGAAAAAAGAUAUUGCUAAGAUAGCAAUGGACAAACGUUAUGGUAUCGAUGGCUUAAUUGUAACGAAUACAACAAUAUCGAGAGAAUCGGAGAGUGUGCAAUUAAAGAGUGAUUUGAAAGAUGAAAUUGGUGGUUUGAGUGGUAAACCUUUGAUGAAGUUGAGUACGGAGUGUGUUCGAGAUAUGUACAGGUCAGGCGUAUCGUCUGGUGCAGACGCGUAUGCAAAGAUACGAGCAGGUGCGAGUUUGGUUCAGCUUUAUUCUGCUCUGGUUUAUCAAGGAUUCCCCGUGAUCGGGAGAGUAAAACGCGAGCUAGUUGAGAUGUUACGAUCAGAUGGUUAUUCGAAUAUAUCGCAGGCAGUUGGUGCCGAUCAUCGCAAAUGA